CAGCCCCCCAACACAGACGCUACAUUCAACGGAGGAAACGGAAAAGACGAAACAUACAAGUAGGUUUUUCAUUUCAAAACCCCGGGGCUGUGGAAAGAACAGAGAGUUCCUUUUUUUAUCCCUAAACUUGUCCACUUUUGGCUUCAUUGUCAGACCACAAACCCGGCCUUCCACCCCGUUAUUUCCACUUUUCGCCCAUCUUUUCCCCAGCUGUUUGCAGCUGGCAGAAAGCACCCGCCCUGUUCGGGAAAAAGGGACCGAGAGUGACCGGAGGAGGAGAGAGAUGCCACCCCAACCUCCCCAGCCGCAGGUGAGGAAGAAUAUCCUUAAGUUCCUCAAGAGUUUUUUGGGAAUCAUCCGGAUCCUGCAGAUUGUGUUCGGGGCCGGGCUGUGGGUUACCAUCGCCGCAAACAAAUACGAAAGAUCCAUCCACUUCGUCCUGUUCGUGGCGGUCCUCUUCUGGCUCCUCACCCUCGCCCUGUUCUUCCUCACCCUGCUGGAAAAGCAGGACCUGGUCCCGCUGCUGGGAGGGGAGCGCUGGUUGUCCACCAACCUGGCGCACGACGUGGCCGCCACCGCGCUCUACCUGCCGGCCAUAGGGAUCAUGAUCUACACGACCAAACGCAACUCGUACUGCAACCUGGAGCAGUACGAGCACCCCUGUAUGUACAAGGUCUACCUGACGGCCGCCGUGUUCGCCUGCCUGUGCUGCCUGGCUUACCUCCUGUCCCUUAUUUAUGGAGCGUGCAGGAAGUGUCGGGGAGAACAGACGGUCAUCUGAUGGGACUGAAGGGGGGGCGAUGGCGACAGGGAGGGGGGCAUGGGGUCCACAGCAAGAUGAGGAAUAGUUAACUUCACUGUAAUUUAACUCAACAGCUACUCUAAUCACAGGUUUGUCUCUUGUCUCCCCACACCAAACUUUCCACUUUGGUGGUGAGGCAGAAUCAUCCAAACAUCACUCUGUGGCCUUAUAAUCAGUGUUUUGAAGGGUUACUGACAUGAAAAUAUCCAAGCAGCUCCUGGUACAGAGGCCUAGCUACCCAGGGUGGGAGUCUGAUUGGAAAUUAGGAAGUUUAAAGCAUUGCAUCCAUUUAUGAAGACACAAAUGACAUGUGUUUGCCUCCUAGUAUUAGUUAAGUUUGUCUUCCACUAAUUCCCUCAUUAAGAAUCAUUAUAAUAUUCCUCUUAUAGUGUGGUAGCAGUAUAUUCAGCGAUAAGUUUACAGUACAAUGGCCUUAACAUUCAUUUUGUAGAUUUGGUACUGACUAACAGUCCAUCCAAAACCUCUAAAAGGAUUACUACAGUUGUUUUUACAAGGGAUUCUUUUCAUUACCUUUUUUUAAAGUAUAUAUUUUUAUGUGUGUAUGUGUUUUUGUAUGACAGCUAACUAUACUGAACAGUUACUGAAGUGUAACGGACUAAAAAAAAAAACACUCCUUUUGACCAGCUCUGUUUUUGUUAAUCAGUGCCUUCUGUCAGAAUGCUGUACACUCAACCAGGUUGUGACAACGACAACCCAACAAUAUGGAUGUGAUUGGUGCUACAUGUGUAUGCUGAACGUAACAAAAAAAAAAAAAAAAAAAAAAUCCUUGAGUGUUCAUUAUGUAAAGCCAAAGAAUAAAGAGCAGUAAGUGAGAGCCGG